GCGUUAAGAAAAAAAUUGAUGAGUGCUCUAUGUGUUUGAGUUAUUACGUUAAUUACGAGUACACCAACUGGCACAAUGUAAUGUUAAAAAUCAGUUGCAUUUUGCUUUAAAGACGGUGUCUGUGUAGUUUAUUAUAGUUAAUUUUCCGAGUUAUUUUUUUAUGAAAAUUUUCAUAGGUGUUCUUAGAACAUGAUUUAAUUAAAAAUGUUAAAAAUAAAGUAGUUUGAUUAGCGAGAACACGUUGCGCCCACCUUUCGCCAGUAAGAAAAAAGUUAAAAGAUAUUUCUAACCCACAUUAGUGUGCGUUAAUAAGGAUUUGUCAUGCUUAAACUGGUGAUUUGUAUAUGCUUCUACUACUUGGAGUUUACAGGGAUAUAUUUCAAAACCAACUUUGUUUGGCCUUCUGUCUGCACGGAUUGGAAGUUAUCGUGAUAUCAUGGCUGAAAAUUUGGUGUGUCGUUUAGUGUGGCGUUAUAAAUUGUAUAUUUUAUUAAUGGGAGCAAUUAUUUUCGGCACGCAAAUAUUUUUGGCUUAUAAAUCAUUAAAUUUAUCUUUAGUUACCAGUAUAGAGAAUACGUUAGCCGAAGAUGUUAAACAAAUGAAUGGAGCUUUAGCUUUGCAACAUUUAACUCAGCAUCAAAAUUCGGCAAGCGAUGAUGAAGAUUCUUCUAAUUUAACAGCGCAAGGCAAACGUUUGCCUUCUGCUAAUAAAGCAAAAACCGAUAUCUCUCCUACUUCGCUAUUAUCUGCACAACAGUUGAGCUUCAAACCGAAUUGUGAUAUAAUUGCCAAGGAAGCUAUAUCUGCAUUGCAGCGCGCAAAAACCAAAGACUGUCGUCAACAUAUCGCUAGCGUUGUCUGUGCCAUACAAGCCGGCGAAUUCUAUGCCUCCCAUUUACCCACUCACUGCCCCAAAGGCAACCAUACUGCGAAUAAUCAACUUGGCUGCUAUAGAGAUGAAAAGGAAUUUCGCCUUUUGUCCGGUUAUUUCAUUAAUUUUAAAACUACCAAUACACCAAAAAAUUGUGUCCAAUUAUGUUUACAAUCGGGUUUCCCGUACGCUGGUGUCGAAUACAGUAGAGAGUGUUUUUGCGGUACUGACGCACCACCCAGUACAGCAAAACUACCGGAUUCCAGCUGUAGCAUGAAAUGUUCCGGCGACACUCACGAAGUCUGCGGCGGUUACUAUGCGAUAAACAUUUACGAAACAGGAAUAGCAAAAUUUGCAGCACAAAUCGCUGAGACCAGCAUGAAACCAGAUGCCGAACGAGUUAGAAUUGCAUUUUUAUUAACGUUGAACGGGCGGGCUUUAAGACAAGUACAUCGCUUAUUAAAGGCUUUAUACGACCCACAACAUGUUUAUUACAUACAUGUGGAUAAGCGCCAGGAUUAUCUCUAUCGUAACUUGAUUGAGCUGGAAACGCAAUUCCCUAAUACGCGCUUGGCACGCACACGUUUCUCGACGAUCUGGGGCGGUGCUUCGCUGCUUACUAUGCUCAUGAAAUGCAUGGAAGAUUUAUUAAGCUCCACGUAUCAAUGGGAUUUUGUUAUCAACUUAAGUGAAAGCGAUUUUCCCGUUAAGAAAUUAGAAAAACUGGUCGAUUUCUUGACAGCUAAUCGGGAUCGUAAUUUUGUUAAAAGUCAUGGCCGCGAAACUCAACGUUUCAUACAGAAGCAGGGUCUCGAUAAAACAUUUGUCGAAUGCGAUACGCAUAUGUGGCGCGUGGGCGAUCGUCAAUUGCCGAAAGGCAUACAAAUUGAUGGCGGAAGUGAUUGGGUGGCAUUGUCACGGCCCUUCGUCGAAUAUGUGAUCACUCAGAAAGCGAACGAUAUAUUGCUGAAAGGCUUGAUAACCAUAUUUAGGCAUACACUAUUACCGGCCGAAUCGUUUUUCCACACAGUUCUAAGGAAUUCGUUGUUCUGUCAUACCUACGUCGAUAAUAACUUACAUGUGACCAAUUGGAAAAGGAAAUUGGGUUGUAAAUGUCAAUAUAAGCAUGUAGUGGAUUGGUGUGGCUGCAGUCCCAAUGAUUUUAAACCGGAAGAUUGGUCCAGACUACAAAAUACUGAAAAUAAAAUGCUUUUCUUCGCCAGGAAAUUUGAACCAAUAAUAAAUCAAGCGGUUCUUACUAAAUUAGAGGAAUGGUUAUACGGGCCCUAUCCGGACGGUUUUAAGAAUUUGCACGCCUAUUGGCAAUCGUUCUAUCACUGGGAAGAUAUGAAUAGUAAAACUGAUGACCUUAUCCUGACAAUGGCGGAAAGUUUAGCGAGAAGAUUGCUGCGUCAGUGGUAUUUGAAAGUUCAAAAAAUUAUUGAAUUAAAUCAUUAUCUAUAUUCGGAUCAAUAUAAAGGCUAUUUAAUAAGAUUUGAAACGUUAGAUCCUGCUUCAAAUAUCACUUAUGAAGUGGAAACUCGUGUUCGUCCCGUGCAAUAUAGUAAAGUGGCUAAGAAUUCGAAAUUUGCUAAACGUUUGAAAGACUUUGAGAUUUCAUCGGAAUUCGAUCAGAAAGAACAGAUCGCAAGAAAUUUUGCGAAAUUUUUAGGACCUUAUACUGAUCUAAUAUUAACUUUUACUUUUUCUGGAGCUGGCAGCAACAAAGACAUUUCACAUUCCUAUAACCUCACAUUGUUAUGGAUUGAUCCGCUUGGGAGAUUGCAGGAUUUCAAUGAAAUACAUAUCGAAGAUGCACAGACGGAUAAUAUAAAUUUCUCAAAAGCUUUACUAAAACAACCAUUGGCACCUGGUAUUUGGACAGCUAAAUUAAUAGGACGCACAGCUGUUUAUGCACAAAUCAAAUUUCUUAUAGUUCCAUUAGCAUUUCAUCAAGCUCAACCGGUGACAGACGAUAGAGCGCGCAUAUUUAAUGGCGGUAGCGGUCUUACUCUAUCAUCCGAAUUCACAAUACCGCAAGAAUGGUUACAGCAUUUGCCUUCCGCUGUCGAAAGAGAAAACCUUAAAAAAUUGGCAUUACAUAAUUCCCUUCGAACGGGAUCAGAAUUAUAUGAAUGGAUCGAUGAAAUGGUGAGUAAAUUUCAUCAUAUUAGAGAAACUUGCGCCGUUAAUGCGGAGGCUACAAAAUUGGCAACGGCCGCUCUUCAAAGUUUACCACUGUGCACAGAAACAUCUUGGAGCUCUUUGGCUGCGGACCCUAAACGUGAUAUCAGCUUAUUAAAUAGAUAAAAAAUUGUAAAAUAAAGGUUAGAAAGAAGAAUUUAUUACAUGAAUGACGACUGUAAAGCGAAACCAAAAGAAGAGAAACUUUUUACAUAUGCAAUAAUUCAUUAUUUUAUACUCAUAUUAUGCAACGAUUAUUAUA